CGCUUCCUGGGCUUCAUCAGGGCCGUCAGAAGGUCUAGGAGGAGAAAGGGGAAGAGGUACCGACCCGAGGAGGAUUACCACGAGGGCUACGAGGACGUCUAUUAUUACGCUUCGGAGCAUUUUCGAAAUGACAGUCCCUACACUAAAUCCGCCAGCCAGGCCAAGCCGCCCGAUGGAGCGUUGGCUGUGAGGAGACAGAGCAUCCCAGAGGAGUUCAAGGGCUCCACGGUGGUAGAGCUGAUGAAGAAAGAGGGCACGACCCUCGGACUCACGGUGUCGGGCGGCGUGGACAAGGAUGGCAGGCCCCGGGUGUCCAACCUGCGGCAGGGAGGAAUCGCAGCCAGGAGUGACCAGCUGGACGUGGGCGACUACAUCAAGGCAGUGAACGGCAUCAACCUAGCCAAGUUCCGCCACGACGAGAUCAUCAGCCUGCUGAAGAACGUCGGAGAGCGGGUGGUGCUGGAGGUGGAGUACGAGCUGCCGCCCGUCUCUGUACAAGGAUCGAGCGUUAUUUUCCGGACAGUGGAGGUCACGUUGCAUAAAGAAGGCAACACCUUUGGUUUUGUCAUACGAGGGGGAGCGCAUGAUGACAGAAAUAAAUCUCGUCCAGUUGUGAUAACAUGUGUCCGUCCCGGAGGGCCAGCUGACAGAGAGGGCACCAUCAAGCCCGGCGACAGGCUGCUCAGCGUGGAUGGCAUCCGGCUUCUCGGAACCACGCAUGCUGAAGCCAUGAGCAUUCUCAAACAGUGCGGACAAGAAGCGACGCUGCUGAUCGAAUACGACGUCUCCGUCAUGGAUUCUGUGGCGACAGCGUCCGGGCCACUCCUGGUUGAAGUUGCCAAAACUCCUGGCGCCAGCCUUGGGGUUGCCCUAACUACCUCCAUGUGCUGUAACAAACAAGUCAUCGUCAUAGACAAAAUCAAAUCUGCAAGUAUUGCAGACAGGUGUGGCGCGCUGCACGUGGGAGACCACAUCCUGUCCGUGGACGGCACCAGCAUGGAGUACUGCACGCUCGCAGAGGCCACGCAGUUCCUGGCGAACGCCACCGACCAGGUCAAGCUGGAGAUCCUUCCCCAUCACCAGACGCGCCUGGCCCUCAAGGGGCCCGACCACGCCGCCGUGGUAUCCUCGUCCUUCUCUCCCACCUCCAUGAGCGCCUACAGCCUGAGCUCCCUGAACAUGAGCACCCUGCCACGUAGCCUCUACUCCACGAGCCCACGGGGAACCAUGCUUCGGAGGAGGCUGAAGAAGAAGGACUUCAAAAGCUCAUUGUCUUUGGCCUCCAGCACCGUGGGGCUGGCUGGGCAGGUGGUCCACACAGAAACCACAGAGGUGGUGCUGACCGCCGACCCCGUCACUGGCUUCGGGAUCCAGCUGCAGGGCAGUGUGUUCGCCACGGAGACCCUCUCCUCCCCACCGCUGAUCUCCUACAUCGAGGCCGACAGCCCGGCCGAGAGGUGCGGGGUGCUACAGAUUGGGGACAGAGUGAUCGCCAUCAACGGGAUUCCGACUGAAGACAGCACCUUCGAGGAAGCCAACCAGCUGCUCCGAGACUCCUCCAUCACGAGCAAGGUCACGCUGGACAUCGAGUUUGACGUGGCAGAGUCCGUCAUCCCGAGCAGCGGGACAUUUCAUGUGAAGCUUCCCAAGAGGCACAACGUGGAGCUCGGAAUAACCAUAAGCUCGCCAUCCAGUAGGAAACCGGGGGACCCCCUUGUCAUCUCCGACAUCAAGAAAGGGAGCGUGGCCCACAGGACCGGGACCCUGGAGCUAGGGGACAAGCUGCUCGCCAUAGAUAACAUCCGUCUGGACAACUGCUCCAUGGAAGACGCCGUGCAGAUCCUCCAGCAAUGCGAGGACCUGGUCAAGCUCAAGAUCCGCAAGGACGAGGACAACUCAGACGAGCAAGAAAGUUCCGGAGCCAUUAUCUACACCGUGGAGCUGAAGCGCUACGGGGGGCCCCUGGGCAUCACGAUCUCAGGAACCGAGGAGCCGUUUGACCCCAUCAUCAUCUCCAGCCUCACCAAAGGGGGGCUGGCAGAAAGGACGGGCGCCAUCCAUGUGGGAGACCGCAUCCUGGCCAUCAACAGCAGCAGCCUGAAGGGGAAGCCUCUGAGUGAAGCCAUCCACCUGCUGCAGAUGGCAGGAGAGACGGUCACCCUGAAGAUCAAGAAACAAACAGACGCCCCAUCAGCGUCGAGUCCCAAGAAGUUCCCAGUCCCCAGCCACUUGAGCAGCCUGGGGGACGGGGAGGAGGACACGUCUCUGGCACAGAAGCCUGGCAAGCUCUCCGACACGUACCCCUCCACGGUACCCAGCGUGGACAGCGCAGUGGACUCGUGGGACGGGUCCGGAAUCGACGCCAGCUAUGGGAGCCAAGCCGCCAGUUUCCAGGCCUCGGGAUACAGCUUCAACACCUACGACUGGCGGAGUCCAAAGCAGAGAGGCAGCCCGUCCCCGGCCACUAAGCCCCGAAGCCAGACCUACCCUGACGUGGGGCUGAGCACUGAAGACUGGGACCGGUCCACAGCUAGCGGCUUCGCGGGCGCCCCGGACGGCGUGGAGGCCGAGCACGAGGAGAACUUCUGGUCGCAGGCCCUGGAGGACCUGGAGACCUGCGGACAGUCGGGGAUCCUGAGGGAGCUGGAGGAGAAAGCUGACAGGCGUGUGUCUUUGAGAAACAUGACUCUCCUGGCCACCAUCAUGUCCGGGAGCACGAUAAGCUUGAACCAUGAGGCCCCCACACCUCGCACACAGCUGGGGCGCCAGGCCAGCUUCCAGGAGCGGGGCAGCUCACGGCCGCACUACAGCCAGGCCACCCGGAGCAACACCCUGCCCUCCGACGUGGGCAGGAAGUCCGUCCCCCUGAGGAAGGUGAAGCAGGAGAUGAUGGAGAUCAUGUCCCCGACACCCGUGGAGCUGCACAAGGUGACCCUGUACAAGGACUCCGACGUGGAGGACUUUGGGUUCAGCGUGGCAGAUGGCUUGCUGGAGAAAGGUGUGUAUGUUAAAAACAUCCGCCCCGCCGGCCCAGGGGACCUCGGCGGCCUGAAGCCCUACGACAGGCUCCUGCAGGUCAACCACGUGCGGACGCGAGACUUCGACUGCUGCCUGGUCGUGCCUCUGAUUGCCGAGUCGGGGAACAAGCUGGACCUGGUGAUCAGCAGGAACCCGCUGGCGUCACAGAAGGCCCUGGAGCAGCAGACCCCUCCCGGGGGCGACUGGGGUGACCCCAACAGCGCUUUCUUCCAGCAGCCCAGCCACGGCGGCAGCCUGGAGGCGCGGGAGCCCACCAACACGUUAUAG